CUGUUUCUUCGACAGCAUCGGCCUGCGCUUGUUCGGUUGUUCGUUCGUGGAAACAAAACAUUCACACCAAGUGCUCCCGUUCAGCGUGCGUUUGUUUCGAAGGCUCCCGGCGAAAACUGUUCCUUUGGCACUGCCAUCGUGUUACUGAGCUAAAAUGAACUAUAAAGUGUACUUUUGUUGGGAAAACGAGCAGAUUAACAAAGAGACGUGUGAAAAGUGAUGCUGAAAAACAACAGCAAGAAGAGCUCAGCAUGAUGCGCUGAGAACCAUGGUGUGUGUUCUACGUGUAGAAUCUGUGUGUAGUUGUGCAAUAGAUGGCGAUGUUUAGCCAAGAUCUGUGAGCAGAGAAAAUACAAGCGAAGAAAGCAGCGAAAAGUAAUGUUGAAAUACACGAGAUACAUUGAUCUUAUCUAAAGCAUCAUCACAUCAUCACAGCCUUUGUUGUCGGUGCAAGUAAAGUGCAUAUAUGGCCUCGUAGGUGUCAAGAGCAGAGCAUCAUCAUCAUCAUCAUCAUCAACACGAAGAAUGACAGCAUCUUUUCCUUCUGGUGGGGGAAGCAGAAAGUAGGAGUACGCGUUGUGUUGUGUGUUGCUUCUUUUUCUUCCGCCUUCUCUGCCUCGCGCGCAUGCUGCGUUCGGGAGUGCAUUUUACGAGUGCAAGCAGCAGAGGGCACUUACAACUCCGACACAAACACACACACGCCCGCUUCAUUCCUGACUGUGUUCAGGCUCGGAUGGUACGGUAGUGUAGUUUAUGGGUGUUGUGUGUGCAGUGUGCGGUAAUCGGAUCAUCAUCACUCGUCGCGACCUUCACACAGUGAAAGAGAACACGAGAGAAAAGGAAAGAGAAAGAGAGUAGAAAAGUGUGGAAAAAAAAAGUUUGUAGAAUCCGUGUGUGCGUUAUUCUUGACAGCUGCUGGACGAGGAUUGCUGUCUAGUUAGCAUCUCCUCACCCAGCUUAGUCAUUUUACACGAAAACAGUGAACUGCCGUAUCUUGCGCUGCUUGACAACGAACGGGCGAACGGCCCAUCCAGCUGUAUCUGCCAGAACGCACAGUGUACCAGCAUCGAUCGAUCGCUACGAAAUUGGCCCGGUGACGAUAGUCCGAAAGCAAGUUAUCCAACGUUGAAAGGAUCGUUCUUUUCAACGUCGACAAGCUCUUCAGCAUCACUUACUAGCAUCUACGCGGGUCUUGCCAGACUCCCUGGGGUGGUGGUCCUGCUUUGGUUGGGACUUUUUCUUUAGUCAAACAGUAAACCGGGCGGUGGCUGUGUGCUCCACACAGUCUCCAUCCGUACAGUGAACGGCGGCACACUGGGAACCCGAGUACGGCUCUGUCGGCAAACGAUGGCGGAAGUUGGCACCAGCUCCAGCGGCGAUGGUGAAUCUGCCGCACCGGACAAACCGAAGGGUACGGUAAAGUUCACCGAGGCGGACCUGGCCGCUAUCAAACAGACGAGCGAUACGUUAAAGCGUAACCCAAAGAUGGAUUUUAGUAAGGCGGAUCUGCUAAAGCUGCUUAGCUAUCUCGAGGGUGAACUGCAGGCUCGCGAUGUCGUGAUUGCGGUGCUCAAGACGGAAAAGAUUAAACAGUUGCUAACCGCGCCACGGUACAGUAAGGCGACCAAUCUCAACGAUCCGCAUGCAGCACUGUUUCGGGACCAGCUGGCCGCCAGCGGUAACAUAGCGAGCCGUCAAUCCUCCAUACAGGCGGCCCAUUCCGAGCACGAAAUGCGACUAAUAAACGAUCAGCGUAGCGGGGUACGGGAACAGAUGGAUUCGCUGGCCGCGCUAGUGAUGCAGCAGCGUCAGGCACAAGCCAAAAUGAUCGAAGCAUUGAAAGAUGCGGAAGAGCGUCACAAGCGUGUAGUACAGGAACUGUACGAUGAGCGCCGGAAGCAUGAACAUACGACCGCCCAGGGAGACGAUAUUACGUACGGGUUAGAAAUUGAGCGUUCGCGGCUAAAGCAAGAGCUAGACCACGAAAAGGAACAACACAAAGUGCUGGAGAUUGAGCUAAAAAAGGUACAGGAACAGUUCGAAGCGGAGAAGAAUCGUCAGAAGCAGAUCGUACUGUUGCUGCUUGCGGAGCGUAAGAAAAUCAUUAUCAAAUAUAUUGAGGAGCGCAAGCGGAGCGAAGAUUUGGCCCAAAUACUGUCGGAGGAAAAGCAACGGGUCGACACGAUUGCCGAAGGUUUGGAGGAGGAAAGCAAAAAAUCACUGCGAAUGGAAGCGGAAUUGGAGAAGCAGGCGCAACAGUUUGAAAUAGAACGGAAAAUUUUACACCAGAGUUUAGCGAAGGAGGAAAAACGGGUAAAGGAUCAGGAAGUGGAAAUACAGCAGCUGAAGGCGGAAAUUGAAUUACUUCGUAAGCAAACCGGUAUACGACAUCCGCUAGUGGCUCCGCAGCUACCAACCAAACCGGGUGGUCUCGUACCUUCCCGUCCAUCGAUCGGUGGUGUACCGGGAGUUUCGUCUGCCGGUGGUGUAGGUAGUCCAUCAUCGGUUGGAGCAACUGUCACUUCAGGAUCCAUAGGUAUACCGGGCCAAAUGAUUAGUAGCAUGGCAACGAAAGUCGUGCAACCGACCGCAACCGUAUCGAGCGUUCCCGUUUCAGCACCAACUACGGGAAUUGCGCGUUCGGUUUCACCGGGGCAACUCAUAAGACAGACGGCUAUUUCACAACUUUCGGUUACUUCGCCUCCGAUUGUUGGUGGCGGUACAGCGGUAGGCAUCGGAUCAACGCCUCCCCUUUCAGCCGGUACAACGCCGGACACUUACGCGAACACGCCAACGGGGAAGAUGGCGAGCACGGGCGUACGUAAAGCGGCCGGUAUUGCAGCGGCAACGGUAAUCAGCGGUGGAGGAAGCGGUGUAGUGCCAGGUGGUGGAGCACCGGGAACGAUCGGUACCCUAACCGGCUCGACGGCAACCAUCAAGAAGACAAUAAUACUGCCCGUCGGGGGCCGCGGUGUACCACCACCGAUACCGCCCAACAAGCCGCAGAUACCACCGAAACUGUCCGGCGUGUCGGCUGUGGCUGCCGUUGCAGCUGGUGCCGUAUCGUCCCGUAUUCCUUUUCUCAGUAACAGUGGCAGCAGUAGCAGCAGUAGCAGUGGAAGCAGCACUGGAUCGAUCAGCAGCAGUGGUGGGAAUGGCAGUAUCACCACGACUCCUGUUAGUCCCGUGGGCAGUAGUAUCAGCAGUAAUGCACUCAGUAGCACGGCCAUCGCUAGCAACAGUCCGUCUGUCAUCAGUAGUAGUAACAGUGUAGCAAACAGUGGCAACAUUAACAGCAAUAGUGUGCUACAAUCAUGUCCACCAAACACCACCAACAGCACCAUCCCCACUACCACCACCACCACCACCAACUCCACCAUGAGCAUAAACACUAUCCCACUGAGCAGCACCAAUAAUGCCGCCAAUGCGCCAAACGCCUUACAGCAGCAACAUCAUUCUCAUCCCGUACCGCAGCUCUACACGCACCAUCCGCAUCAUGUCUCUCAUCUAUCUCAUGUUGCCAGUGCCGGCGGGUCCCCAACAGCAGCAGCAGCAGCAGCCGCAGCCGCGUCAGCAGCCUCCGCCACAACCAGCCCUAUCCAACAGCAAAGUCUUACGCCGACAGCCUCAUCUGCCUCAUCCGUAUCAUCAGCCGCCACCGGUGGGUCAUCCGAAGUAUUGACCGGUUGCGAAGGUGGGAUAGUGUAAAGCGCUGGCUAAUAGUACGUUUGCUUGCUACAGGGCGUUAUUCUCAUAUAAGCACAUUAAGAACAUCAAACACAAACAUCUCAAUCCUGCUGCUUGCGACACAACAUGCAAGCAAAAGGAUUAUACUGGUGGAACAUGUGUUCAUGAUGGUAUUUUCUGGCACGUGAUGUUGCUAUUGUAUUGCGCAUUAGCGUGUUACAUACCUUUACUACCCUCACAUACCACACAACAAGCGAAUGCCGUUUUUUUUUUGUUUCGAUUACCUACUGAACCUUUUAUUCACUUAACGUUGUUUGAGUUGUAUCAUCUUGGAAAUCAUUUUAUACCAAUGAUGGUACUAAUAUGAGUCACAGUUAAUGUUUUUGUUUAACACAAAUAAUUCAUUGUGUUUAAUUUACACAUGUGAUAUAAUUUUGCUUCUAAUUGAAUCGUGGUAAAGCAAAGGAUUUUUUAAAGUUUUCUUUAAACGUUUUUAAAGUAAUGUAAGCUUUUUUAAGUGGUUUGUAAUACCUCUAGUCGCUAUUGUAAUUAUUAAACAAUAUAAUUAUUGUGACAAAAUGUUUGCCUUAUUUAACACAUUCGCUUGUGAUUUGUUGGUAUAUGAAGCACACAACACAUUGCGAUGCCAUUUAAAUUACAGGAUAAAAAUGUAAAUGAGCAUACAAACGAUAUGAAUGUUAACAACCCAGACAUUGUGUUGUUUGGUUUACGCUUACAAACAUAUAACAAAACGAACACAUAAUCCUAGCCAUAAUUGGCUCUACUCGCUUAGCAUCGGUUAAGUUUCAUCAGUGCAGGACAUAUUUUUGUUUAUCAAAAUCAAUAUUUUCAUUCCGUUACAUCACACCCACCUGGUACGGUGUCGCUAGUCGUAAUAUAUUUGCUUUGGAAUGUAUUUUUGGAGUGUAUUUUUUAACGUUUUAGUUACAAUAACAAUUUAUUUUUAAUUUAAAAUCCCAGUAUAGGUUAGAAUGUUGUUCGAAAGAGAUUUUUUUACAUAUUCCAUUUCGUGCGAAAACAUCAUCACCCACUUCCACUUAUCAUCACAAUGCGUUUAGCUAAUGGUGUCACUUACACACUCACAAAAUAAUGUGCAAUUUAUAGCUUAUGUUUAGUUAUCUGCUUCUACAACGUUAAAUAAUAAACUAUGUAUAGCUUAAUGCCCAUGUGCGCAACCUUGCUUACCCUGUUGCGUGGGUCAUGUUCGUGCUGACGAAAUACUCUGCCUGUAACCUUAUGAGCAAUUUAAAAUGUAGCAUAAAUUGUAACUCCAUUAUAUUAUGGUGCAUAUUGUAACAAAUGUUAGAAUCCAGUGAGUAUAGGGUUUGGAGUAAUGUGAACCGAGGAUUUGAAUAGUUUGCAGUGUGAUGGUUUGGACGCUCUGCAAAAGGGCCUGUAACGGUGACGCUAGUACAAGCAAGAUGUAACUCAACGGCGUAUUAGAUUACGCUUGCGCUGAGUAUUACUUAUCGUAUCAAGCAGAUGUUUCACUAACCAUACCCAUACCCCCCCAGUUAGAUUCCAGUCAGAUAAAAGCAAUACUAAGCGUAAUAGAGUUUCCUUACACACAUAACGAUGACGAUCGUUCGAAGCCAUAGCGUACCGUUGCAGUCUAUUGCAAGUCGUUUCAAAGCGACAAGUAUUGAUAACAGAAGGCAGCUGAGCAAAAAGGUAGCCAGUAGACAGACACGGAAGAAGAGGCUAAGUGCUUCCGUUUUGGACGGGUAUUAAGCGAACGGAACAAAUCAUCCCAUCUUAGCGGGAAGUAAAACAUUGACGAUGGUGUGUGCGUGCAUGUGUGUGUCCUGUAGGAAGAAGUAUUCUUAACCUUGUAGAAAGCAGCAAAAUGUACGACACACAAUAACACGCAUGGGCACCGUUCCUUACUGGUGGCCAUCAACCAAACGUUCAACACUGAUGCUAAAAGCGAGAACAAUAGUGAAUUGCUGUGAUUAUUAACGUUUUGUAAAAAUAUUCUUUUUAAAACAUCUAUCACAUUAAGUUGCGCGUCUAUAGUUGACUAAGUAAGGAAACGGGAUUGUUCUUAUACACCUUUAGAAACGAUGCGACGUAAGGCGGCUUAUGUAUACUUUAAAAAAAAUUGCCUGUGACAAUACAACUGAUCGUGUCUAACUGAUUGAUUUAACUCUUUAAAAUCAUUUCUGAAUUAUAGUUUAGCUGUACGGUUUAAUUUGUUUAUUUUCGAUCUAUAUAGCCGCCAUUAACUUAACGUUUUGAACGGUAGAAUACAAUAUGGCUAUUCAUUUCAUUCGAAUGGGUAUUAAAUUAACGCUACUCUCAGUGAGAUGCAGGAAAAGUGUCGAAAUAAAAUGGUCGCCAUCCGCUUGUCGAUCCAUUUAACAAGCUUUUGAAGAAAGUGCUUAACUAUCGCAGAGUGUGUUUACUGAAAGUUUUAUUUAUUUGAAGCAACAAAUCCAUGAACCAAUUGAACACAAAAAUGAUGUACACUGUGAAUUAUGGGAUUAGAUGAAUAGUUAAUAAAAACUACUAACAAUAUGCAAGAAAUCGAUUAAAUAAAACAUGAUAGAACCAAGUUGGAUGUUGCAGUUCAUUCAGUGACGGUAGUAAGCGCAUUUUUCCUGACAAAAAUUACACUGAAAUAUUGCUCCACAUUGCAUGCAGGCAGUUUACGGGUAGAGGAUGAUAGUAGGAUGGUUUCUUAGUAAUAGCUAACUGGUAAACCAAUCGAGGAAUUAGACGUUUUUGGUGAUUAACGCUCGUUCAGAAUUCAGACACUCAAGCAAACGUUUACGCUGCCAUAAAAUCACGUGGUGCGCUAAACAGCACUGGAAUAAAAUCUGCAAAAUAGAAACAGAGCCAUAAAAGUAGCAUCACAUACAUGUAUUUCGUUGCACUGGCAUGAAAAAUGGUGACCGAUUGGAAAGAUGAUGAAAGCUAGUGAAUGAAAUGUCGGGUGUGCCGUGAUACCACAGCGAACAUGUGUUUUGUAAAUUGCUUUUCUUACGUUCAGUUCGUGUAGCGGUCACCUUUUAGGGGAGCUGUAAAGUAUCAUAAAACCAUCAAUCACCGUUAAAAUAAUCUAUAGAAUUCUGCAAACCGAUGUAAUGACUACCAGCAUAAAUUGCAAAUAAACCUAUAUAUUCUAUAACAUGU